CUCCUGUUACUUUUCUGUUUGUGGUGCUGUUUUGACUUUUCAAGAUUAAAUCAUGUUCCUACCUGCAAGUCCUGUCCGGAGUCGUCCGUUUGCAUCCCGAGAGAACGAACCUCGCAGAGUAGGAGAAACGGAGACACAGACAGAGGAAGAUUGUUGUUUUUUUAAAUACAAUUUUAUUUUCUAUUUGUAUUUUUUCCGAAAAACAAGGGGAGGAAGAAGAGGCUACAAGAUGUUUGAAGCUUCUGGAGUGCCAUUCAUCCUGUUGGACAUCACUUGUCUCAUCCUUGUGGGACUUCCCUUUUUCGUCCUGACUCCUCAGCACAGUCCGUUCAAACGAGGCUUCUUUUGUGACGACAAGUCCAUCCGCUACCCUCUCAAAGAGGACACCAUAUCCUACCAACUGCUGGGGGGUGUCAUGAUCCCCUUCACGCUCAUUGUUAUCGUCUGUGGCGAGUGUCUAUCCGUGUACCUGUCUCGCAUCACGAACCAGACCCUGGGCCCCAAAUACGUGGCAUGCGUCUACAAGGCGGUAGGCUGCUACUUGUUCGGGGCGGCAGCCAGUCAGUCGCUGACGGACAUCGCCAAGUACUCCAUAGGGCGUCUGCGGCCGCACUUCUUGGCAGUGUGCGAGCCGCAGUGGGAUCGCAUCAACUGCAAAGCAGGAGGAUACGUGCAGAACUUCACCUGCACUGGGGACACGUUCCUAGUGGAAGAGGCCAGACUGUCCUUCUAUUCUGGUCAUUCAUCUUUCUCCAUGUACUGCAUGUUGUUUCUUGUUCUGUACAUACAAGCCAGGUUGAAGGCCAAGUGGGUAAGACUCCUGCGCCCCACCCUGCAGUUCUUCCUGCUCGCCACCGCCAUAUACGUGGGUCUGUCCCGCGUGUCUGACUACAAGCACCAUUGGAGCGACGUGCUCGCCGGCCUCCUGCAGGGCGGCGCCGUUGCCAUCUUCGCUGUGUGCUGUGUGUCCAACUUCUUCGAGCAACCCGUUGAGGCGGGGGUCACCCAGGAGGAAAAGGGACGGCACACCUGCUUGCAGGAGAACCCACCCAACUCCAACCACUACGGCAGCACUGGCUAAACAGAUCAAAGGUGCACCCAAGCUGCUUAUGCACUUUACUGCAGAGUUACAGUGGAUUGGGUGGGGGCAUGUUACCUAUAGGAGGAGUGGCUUUUUACAGUUCAUGCAUGCGCUAUAGGUGGACAUGUUCAGAAUGAAUGGAAUUCCAUUGGCUGCGACCAGAAUGGAGUCUUGUGUUCUCGCUGCAAGCAGGCUUGUCUGAGAGACUGUCAAUGACUCACAAAAACCUCCACUGUCUUAAAUGAAACCAAAAAAAACAUGAAUAUUAUAUGUAUUUUACAUCAUUUCCUGCCUUAGAUCGUGACUGCUGUUACAUGGUGUCAUCUUUUUUUGUCAUUUAUAUUCAAAAUACUUCAACUUUUACCGUUGGAAGCUCGUACUGAAUAUGUUUAUAUUGUGAGGAUGCUGUUGGAGAAGGUGAGGAAUUAAA